CUCUCCACUAUCUUGCAUGGUUGCAGUAUCGCCCUUCCUCGUGUCAACUACUUUUGUAGCACCGCUACCUCAAAAUGGACUACAGGUUCCCAUCCGGAUGUAUGCUGAAACCCAAAUCGGACGAGCAAUAACCGUCAACAACCACGAAUACACGAUCGUGGAUGUGCUAUCCGAGAAGUCCAACAUGGAGCUCCACGAGCGAUGGGUGGUCUACGAAGCCACAGUCCCCCACGACACGCGACGAUGCGCUCUGAAAGUCCGCUACCAAAUCGCAGCCAAAGGAGUCAGUGAGCGCGACCUCAUCUCCGAGGAGAUCAUGGCGCGGAGGUGCUUCGAAGACGAAUGCCAGGCCCUACAAGACUGUCAGGUAUCCGUCUACUUCCCAAACUACUACGGGUGCGCCGAGCUGCCUGGUGCCGAGAAUCCCCUCAAAGAUGGUGGGCAUGUUUGGGUGAUUGCGAUGGGUCUCGCUGGCGGCACCAGCGUCGUGGAGAUGCCCGGCCUCGGGCAUAUGCGUCUGAAGGGGUGGGGCUUCUUCAUGCAGGAGACGGAGCAGAUCUUUUUUGAUCCUGGUCGACGGUUGAUAUGUAUUGUUGGGCUGUCGAGGGCAGGGAGGGAUGGCGUCUUUCCUCCACCGCCAGAGAACCGAAUUACUAGGAACCAUCGGGAUGUUCUGGCCUUUGGAAUGGGGUGGUGGCGGGAGUGA